GGAAAAAACACACACAACCUCCUUCCUCCCUUCCUUCAGGGAGGGAAGAGAGUUUGAGCGGAGAGAAAAAUCUAUCUGAGACAGAACAGGGACAGUGAGAAAAAUAUAUGAGUGGGAGAGGGAGAAGGAGGAGGAGGAGAAGGAGGGGGGGAGCAAAUUAAAAGUUGCCAAAUGGAGAUAUUGGGUUUCAAGAGGAGUGAGACAGGAGUAAAGGGUUUGCCUCUUUGAGUCGUCUUUAUGUUGUGCUAAUCGGGAUAAAUGUUUACGGCUUUACACGGUUUAGUCCUCUAGCAUUUUCGACGAAUCCACCCGACGUUUUCAAAACAGGCGUCGUCGACACCGCGGCUAGCUAGCCAGACCAGGCCGGUGUUAGUUGUUAAAAUGUUACAAUGUUACGGAGCGUCCUGUCCGCAGAGCUACCCGACCAGAACAAGGGCUGCUACAGAAUCCCCCGGUUGAAACGCGUCGGUUCUGUAUAUCGAGACAAAUGUGACGUUUUUCAUGCUGGCAGAUGAGCCACAUUGAGGACAAAUGAAAGCCUCCCCAACAGAGAAAGAAAGAUCACGUCAGCGACGACCAGCCACAGGCUGGACGACGGGCGUUUUGUGCUGCUUGAAUGCGAUUAUCUUUCUGUCGAUUCAGUCUAUUUUUGGAAAUAAAACUCGCAAGCUGUACAUUAGCUGGCUUUCUAAACCAACCGCGGUACCAGCAGUAGUAGCAGGACUGCAGCAGGGACUAGCUUGGUCUGCGUCGAAGCAUUCAAGCUAAUGCGGAUUUCGGAGACUACGAAUUUAAGCCCUAAAUUAUACAAACUGUACAAAGUAUCGGAAAAUAUAACUUUAUUUUCGACAACACUGAUCAGAAUUGCCUACAUGUCUGCAAAUCCUUUGCUUUUGAGCUACUUAAAACGCAAUUUUUAGUCAGCUUAGGUACUUUAGCUCUGUCGUCUUUUUAAAAAUGAAAUAAUGUAAGCUAACCGCUUAACUGUGGUUAAAAGUAGCUCACUUAAUUGUUAACAUUGAUUACGUGUAUAUUAACGACUGCGUUGCUUUUUAAAUACAUUGAUAGAUGACAGAAAUGAGUGUAGUGUAUUUAUUUGACCUACUCAGUCCACAUAUGGAGCUUCUUUUGUGAAAUAAAAUGUCACUGUGUUAAUCGUUUGGUUUCCUUUUUUGUUGGGAAAGGUCGUCAUUGCUUCCUCUCGUUUUUGUAGCUUUGUGUCCACUUUUAAAGGACACAGGAGCCCCUCUGCCUGUUAUAGCAUAUCUCCUGAAAAAUAAAUUGUUGCACAUUUAGUGUGGAUAUUAAAUGAAUUACAAUAUUCUUUAAUUGAGGAAGCGUUUAGUGGUUUUCAUGGUCUCUAAAAGUCAGUUAGAAGAGCCUAGUUUGCACAGCAGCCCUGUCGUUCUUUGUUCUCCCUGAACCAAAGAUGGAGGCUGAACGUGGCUCUGUUGUAAGGACAGCCUAUGGCAGGGUAACAGCCAUUUUGUGGCAUUGCAGUUUCAUCUACGCAGCAACAUAAGAGUGUAUUUCUCAAUGACUUAACAGAGUACAACAUAAACUACGACUUCAAAUCAUCUUAAUACAUUGUUGGAUGAAUGACCACAUUUUUCUGACAUAUAGCUACAUUCCCUUGCCAUGUGCUCCACAUUUCUUAAAUACAAUUAUACAAUUAAAAUAGUAACCUCAUAAGAUAUUCAAACACUCAUUACCCCUCACUGCUGCAUCAAAUUAGUGAUCAUGGAUUUGGCUUGUAGUCCCUCUUUUAUAAUGAAGCACUAAGAUCGCUGCAUACCUUUGCAGGCUGACAACUUAAAGCCAACACCUCUUUCUAUGUAGAAACUCAAACAACCAUGGUAUAAAUGGAGCAGCAGGGUGGAGUUAUUUACACUCUAAUGGCCAUUUUCAGUCUGUGCAGACAACCAAUGUGGGACAGCAGAGGAGGGUAAUGGGUGGGAGUUUUACGUGUGAGACAAACAUCUGUAGGAGGGGGUGAAGGCCAUCCUGCCCUUCGCUUACAUACAUAGCCUAUUUACCACAGCACUGAAUAACACAUUUGGCUUCCUCUUCACUCCCACAUUUCACAAACCCAUAUUUUCCUUAAUCUCAUAUACGUUGUUCCCACAACCUGCUUCUCACACGUUUAUUUAUGUAAUACUAAAUGUAGUUUCUCACCCUGCAGCCCAGAAAACAAAGGGUGUUAAAUGACUGAAUCCAUGCGUCCUGCUGGAAAUCUGUGUCAUGGAUGAUGAGGACGAUCGCCAUCUUCUUGAUAUUUUAGGAGAUGUGGAUGCUUUGAAUGACUAUCUCCAUGGCAGCAACAGCAAGUCUAUUGAGGAGGAUGAUGUAACAAAUGCAGCUUACGGGUCGGAUGGGUCCUUCUUUUCUAGUGACACGGCUGGCUCCAACUCUGGCCUCAAGGAUGGCUCUUCUACAAUGGGAGAUUUCGGCGAGGAUUCAACAGGGGCAGGCCUCCAGCUCUCUGGUAGCCUUUCAUUUAUCGAGGAUGAAUUGGGGCCUGGGAAUUCUCCCGGAGGGGUGGAUCUUGGGGGCGAGGACCAGCCCUUUGACAUCCUACAGAAGUCCCUUAUGGAGGCCGACAUCACAGAGCAGACAUUGGCUCAGGAGGCCUUACUGGACUCCCAGCCCGCCCCCACUCUGGUGCAGGCUCCGGUACCCUUCCCCUCCCAGCUGGUUUCUGGGGGGGGUUUUGGCGGAGGAGUUGUAACCACGGCGACAGCUGCUUUCCCAACAGGCCAGUUCCUACAAGGGGUGUCCCCGCUGCCCAACGGCUCCGCCCAGCACAUCCAGGUGUUGGGCUCGUUCGGGGCGGGGGGUGGUGUGAUGACUCUGAGCAACUUGGAGAGAUCUCCCCAGCUCGUGUUGAGGCCCGGUGCGCCUGUAGCGUCAGGGGGGGCCACAUCAGGGGGGCAGGUGUUCGCCCCUACCCAAGGGCAGGUGGGCCUACCUUACAAAAACAUCCCCCUUCAAAACAUCAUCAUCCAGAGAGGCCCGGGGGGGACCCAGACUCUUGUUAGACCCAUCCAGCCUAAACCCCUCCAAACCGGGGCUCAGACUGUGUACAGCCUUGGUCUUCAGCACACUUCCACCACCAUGGCUAAUGUAGUGAACGCUAACAUGGCUUCUCCUGGGGGACAAUACACAGCCAAUGGCUCUAUCGUAGUGCAGCCAUCACUGGAGCAGCAGCAAGCGCAGGCCCAGACAAACUUACAGCCUGGACAGUUCUCAAACCCCCUGAUUACCAAUCAGAACGCUGUGCAGAUUGUUCAGGGGCAGAACUUUACUCCACAGCAGGGAGGACAGCUCAUUUUGAACCAGGGAGUAGUCUGCAGGAGUCAGGUUGGAGGGGGUGUAACUCAAACAUGGACAGGGGUUUCUUGUGCGAACCCAGCCCCCAUGCAGACGUCGUGCUCUACCGGGCGGCUGACUCUGGUGGGUCCAGCAACGACGGGGAUCGGCGGUCAAGGCCAAGUGCAGGGGGGCCACGUUCAGCGCCUUCUGGUCACUCAAACUCAGAAUUUCACCUCCCUGUCACCUUUAGCCAGUACUGGGACACAGGAAGACUACAGCCAGAAUUCUUCAUCACCUGCCCUCAAUCAGGUGCAGCUCAGCAGCAUCCAUGCCAUGACAACAAUGACUCAAGACUCAAAUAUGAACUCUCAGAUCAGUGCUCAGAAGAGACCUGCCCUUCCACCACUUACAAGAGGAGAAAUGAUUUUACAACAGUUGAAGAAGGAUCAUGCUGGAGUUCAGACUAUAGAUCUGCGUCGAUUCAAUUCAAUCGAUGAUGCACUGCAGAAAAUCCUCCCGUACCACGUGUUCCAGGGAACUCCACCCAGCCAGGAGGAGUUCUCAGAGGUGGAUGAAGAAUUUGAAGUAGUUGCAACCCAAGUGCUGAAGAGGACUCAUGCUAUGGUUAACAAAUACAGACGGCUACUUAUGGUGGAAGCGGAGCGUUCCAGUCCGUCAUCAGAAAUGGUGAUGAUUGACAGGACGUUCAACCAAGAGGAGCGCAGCAACCUGACACAAGACAAGCGCAUGGUACUAGUGGAUCCAGACACAUUCUUGGAAGACUUUUGUUGUGGGAGUAAAUCCAAACUAUUCCAAGUUCCCUCCCCCUCCAAGUCAACGUCCAGCUGUAGCCUGAAUCCGUCGGACAGAGGCUCCACGGAGUCACCGCACAGGACAGACUCCAAGCCCGGGUUUGGAGACCCGGGAGGGGGUGGAGAUGCAGGACCAGGUGCAGUAGAUAAACUCCACCCUCCGCUCUUAGAAAACAAGAGUGUCCUGGAACUGAAGCGAUCUCAGCAACACUACGGGCCCAGCAGCAACAACAGCCUCCCAGCUGCCAACAGUUACCCCCAAGGUACCCCCCCCCCUUUCACAGCAACAUCAAGAGGACAGACGCACUACGAGGGGUCUCACCACCUGUCCUCACAGCAGAUCCAGCCCCAGUUACCCCCUCAGCUCUCCUCCCCCCCUCAUGCCGACACAGACUCUGCUCUCGAGGCGGCAGUCAACAGCAUCUUGGAAUGUUAGGACUGAUAUCAUCCCUAAUGUAUCGUUUUUUCCCCUGUGUAUCAAUCUCCCCUGUUAUAUUUGUUGUAUUCCCCCCAGAAUCUGUGUGAAGAGAGGUUUACUCUUUGUGAUACCAUCUCCGGCCAUGUAGCAUGUAUUUAGUUUGUCUUUAUUCCCCGUUGUUUUUUUUGGGGGGCGUUUGAGUCAUGAAAGCACUUCAUAUGACCUAUGAACAUCCGGGAAUGUGUGCAAUGCAAUGUACUCACAGACGGAAAAUGUUUUGAUUACUUUAACAUUUUAAGAGUCUGCAAUUUCAGUAACUUGAAUGAAUAUGAGAGUCCCUCUCUUCACACACACCUUAUUAAAAUGUUGUGCCAGUUAAUCACCCCCCACUACCUAUGCUGAAAAAGGAGGGACAAAAUUACGACUUUGUGCCUAAUUCUAGGUUUUUAUUUUGAAGUGUUUACAUGAAGGAGCUCUAUUCAAAAAUAUCCACUGCUUCAGUUCCUGCAUUACAAACAUGCAUACAUGCUUAUUACACCGUGUUAGGUAGAUUCAUUCAUUCAGAGGUAUAGAUUUCCUUAGGUAAGCUCAGUAGAGACACAAUCACAUAGACAAAUUGCACUAAACAUACUGUUGCUUAUUUCAGGAACUAUAUGAAUAUGUGGCUUGCUGAAAUAACGCUAGGCUAACUAGAAUGUGAAUAUUUGGAACCGAAACCAAAAUGUGUUCUCCUGCUUUCAGCUGCCUGCAACAAGGAUAACCUCUCGAUCACUCUAUAAACCAGUCAAACUAGUCACAUAUAAACAUGUAUAGUAGUGUUACUUUACUCAGCAAUGCUUUUUUUUCUUGUGCUCAAGUCACAGUUUAUUUGGCAUUUUUUUCUUUUGUACCUUAAAGGUAUGCAAGCCCCGACACAGACACAGGACAAAUACUCGAUCUCAACCACUUUUAUCAUUUCACAGCGUGUUUGUGUCAGGGGGAGUUUAGUCCUCAGAUUGAGGAAGAUAUGUUACAUUAUGAUUUUUUGUUUUGUUUUUUAUUUCAUAUUUUUUUAAUUUUUUUAAUGACAUUAAAAAAAGAUGACUGUU